AUAUUUUCGUUACUCGAAACCAUGAUUUUCUAGUAUAUAAACACUAAUGGACUUAUAACGAAACCAAUGGAUCAAAGCGGAUUACACCAUUAUGUACGAGGCUAACGGCCCAAAAGGAAAAGAGACGAGCUUUGUAUAUUUUGUUUCGAAACAACACUUUGCUAUCCUAUAUUUCUGGACUUCCAUUUAUCUCGGCCGUGUUAUCCCCAGAGGGAAUAUAGCUAUCAGUGUUACCAAACAUGUGUCUAAAAUGAAAUCGGUCUGAAUGAGAAACCCCAGAGAAGGUUUACCGACCAAAUGCAUCUCUCAGGGCUUUAACUAAUUAAGGCAACAACCCUUUCUUCUCUUCUUCUGGUAGGAACUAGGAAGGUGGUCUGUGUUGUUCGAGUUAGAUCACUACGAGAGGAAUGGCGAGUAGAAAGCUGAUUCGAGAUUUACUCAUCACAAAACAGCCUCUCUUCCUCCAGCUGGCCCGUCAACGGAGAGUAGGCACAAGGCUAGGGUUUAUGCCAGCCAAUGGGUUUCAACGCCGCCAGUUCAGUGUUUUCAGCGACUUGACCAAGAAAAUUAGAGGGGAAGCUGAAAGCAAUCCUGAAUUUCAAAGAACAGUGAAGGAGAUUAAAGAGAAGGCACAAGAGCUUAACGGUGUCAAAGAGGACCUCAAAGUUAGAACAAAAGAAAAGACUGAGCAGCUUUAUAAGCAAGUUGAUGGUGUCUGGACUGAGGCUGAAUCUGUCGCCAAAAUGGUGUCUUCAAGUGUGAAAGACAAGUUCUCCGCGGCCACAGAGGAGGUCAAGGAGUCAUUCAAGCUCGGUAAGGAGGAGUCAGCGGGCACAGGAACCUCUACAGAGGAAGAUCACCAGCAGCAGCAGCAAACUGGCACUACUGAGGGAGUUCAAAAUACAUUAUUUGAAAAAUUCAAGUCAAGCAUGUCUUCUCCCCUUGACUUAGCGAGGAAGGGACUUGACAUUGUCAAGGAUGAAUUGCGAGGAGGCUCGUCUAGAAAAAAGCACCUGGAAUACACUCCUCCCCCGCCAUUUACUGGUGUGAGAAGUACAAGAACGGAUCUGGUUGUUACUCCAACAAAACAGUCCAAGUUGCAACAAAAGUGGGAAUCUUUAAGAGAAAAGAUGCAAGCUCAUCCUGCUUUUAAACGUCUGAGUGGGAUGAGUGAACCUGUUGUCAACAAGAGCCAAGAGAUUGCAGAAGAUGUUGUGGAAAGAUGGGAAACCAGUGACAACCCCAUUGUUCACAAAAUUCAGGACUUAAAUGAGGCAGUGUUUAACGAGACAGAUUCUGGAUCAACUUACAAAGAGAUACGCCGCCGAGAUCCAUCCUUCUCCUUGCCGGACUUUGCUGCAGAAGUUCAUGAAGCCAUCAGACCAGUCUUGAGUGCAUAUAGCAAGGGAGAUGCUGAGGCAUUGAACAAGUAUUGCAGCACGGAAGUGAUUGAACGGUGCACGGCAGAGCGCGCAGCUUUAAAAAGCCAUGGUCUCUUUUUCGAUCACAAGAUUCUACAUAUAUCGGAAGUAGAAGUGGAAGAGACAAAGAUGAUGGGAACUACUCCCAUAAUCAUCGUCAGGUUCCAAACGCAAGAAAUCUUCUGUGUUCGUGACAAGAAUGGCAAAAUCAAAGAAGGAGGCCAGGACACGAUACACUCGGUGUACUACAAGUGGGCAAUGCAACAAGUGGAGGCAGGGGAAGAAUCUAUGUAUCCUAUUUGGAGGCUCAGGGAUGUACAUAAACUUGGUGCUGCUCAGGCUCUCAUUUAAAAUCUUGGUUUUUUUUAAGAAAAAAAAACUUAAAGCUAAGCCCUCUUUAUAUCUCUGCAAUUUACCAUUUAGAGAAUUAUUUACUCAGGAGGAAUUGGGUUCCUAUGUUUUGACACAUAUUUGGUUAAAGAAGGUUCUUAGAUUUUGUCAGUCCUAAUGGAGCUAAAACACUACAAAAUAAGUAACAUUUACAAUUGGUAAUGAAUUGUCAAUUUGUCAUCAA